GCGGCUGCGGCGCGGCGAAAACGCGCCCCGCGGGCGGGCGGGCGGGCGGUGGCGGCGAUGAAAUUCCCGGGCUCCGUCCUUGUCUCCCUCAUCCUCUUCGUGUCGGAGACGGCGGCCGCCCUGUGCCUGAGCGGGGCGUACCGCGCGGCGGGGGACCGCAUGUGGCAGUGGCUGACGCUGCUCUUCGCCCUCCUGCCCUGCGCGCUGGUGCAGCUCAGCCUGGUCUUCAUCCACCGCGACGUCAGCCGCGACCGCCCGCUGGUGCUGCUGCUGCACCUCCUGCAGCUGGGGCCCCUCGUCAGGUGUGUGGAAGUCUUUUACAUUUACUUCCGUGCUGGCAGAGUUGAAGAGCCCUAUGUCAGCAUCACGAAGAAAAGGCAGAUGCCCAAGGAUGGGUACUCUGAAGAAAUUGAGAAGGAAGUAGGCCAGGCUGAAGGCAAGCUGUGUACGCACAGGUCUGCAUUCAGCAGGGCAUCUGUGAUCCAGGCGUUCCUCGGCUCAGCACCCCAGCUCACGCUCCAGCUCUACAUCUGUGUCCUGCAGCAGGAGAUCACAGCUGCCAGAAGUAUUUUUAUGGUCCUUUCUCUCCUGUCGAUUGUAUACGGCGCCUUACGCUGCAACAUCCUGGCUAUUAAGAUUAAGUAUGAUGAUUAUGAUGUCAGCGUGAAACCAGCCGCCUACCUAUGCAUAUUCCUGUGGAGAAGCUUUGAGAUUGCUACACGGGUUACGGUGUUGGUCCUUUUCAGUUCAGUCCUUCAAAUUUGGACUCUUCCUGUUGUGCUAGCGAAUUUCUUUGGUUUUUUCUUCUACCCGUGGAUCCUUUUCUGGCAAAGCAAGUCCCCAUUUCCCGAGAACAUAGAGAAGGCAUUGAGCAGGGUCGGCACUACCAUCGUCUUGUGCCUUCUCACCUUCUUGUAUGCUGGCAUUAACAUGUUCUGCUGGUCAGCGGUGCAGGUAAAGCUCAAUGAUCCUGACUUAAUUAACAAAUCCCAAAAUUGGUACCGACUGACUGUCUAUUACAUGCUGCGAUUCAUUGAGAAUGCCUUCCUCCUGCUGAUGUGGUACAUCUAUAAAACCGAUAUCUACCUGUAUGUCUGCGCCCCAUUGUUGGUCUUGCAGCUCCUGAUAGGUUACUGCAUGGCUGUCCUCUUCAUGUUGGUGUUCUACCAGUUCUGCCACCCGUGCAAAAAGCUUUUCUCAUCCAGCAUUUCCGAAGGCUUGAUGUCCUGUUUCAAGUUCCUCUGCUUUAUUUGCAAGCCUCCUGAAUCCACCGUACUGACAGAGAAGGCAGAGGUGAAAUCUGAAAAUACUGAUGAAACACGGAGCAGCAGCAAGACAAUAGAUUCUCAAAAGGGGAAUCCUCAUCAAAGUGUCUCUUCCAAUGCCUAAUACAACUGGAAGCAAGUAGGUGCCUUUGGAAGGUGGAAGAUCACCUGCUGGGAAUGUUGUGUUUCUUGGACAUUGUGUCUUGCGGGUGGGAUUUCUUUAUUGCAGGUAUAGCACUGCAUGACGACUUGACAAGCCUACCUUUGCGGAAAACUUAGUGUAUGAGUAUGUGUAUCUCUAUGUGUUUGUGUAUGGACAUAGGGAGCAAUCAUUGUUUGUAGACUUCUGUUUCAGAGGUUUUUGCACGUACGUUUAUUAUCACGUGCUUAUUUUGAAAUCAUUAUGGGAGACAUCCUUCAAAAACUGGCCUGAUGUUCAUCUUACUCAGGAAAUCCAAGGAUGGCGGGAAAUGCAUUUUAUUUCAGAUAGGAUGUCAUUAUGGCAUGCCAUCCUAGCAUGGAAACAGAGCAUAGUUCUUGACAAUAUAUUGACUGUAGCUGUGGUCUGCUUUGAUCAAAAUGCAGGCGUUUUUUACACUCUAAUCAGUGUAAUAAAAUAAUACUUCUCUCUGUGGUAUAAGAAUUGGACUUCUAUAAUGCACUGUAGUCUAGGUUGCCAAGAAACAGCCAAUUAGGCAGCACUCACACCGAAAUGUGACUGUUACUGAGAAUGGACAGAGGGGUUAUUGGCUUUGCACUGUUUUACUCUUAAUAUUUGGCACUUGUUAGUAAGGGAAUUAAAUUUAAUGCAUUAAUUGUGAUGUGCUGGAACAGCUCAUUUUUGUGACAUUAUCACUUAUCUAAUACUUUGUGAUGUUCUGGUAUAAGGGUGAUAUUUACUUUAUAUAAUUUUAAAUAUCUAGAAGUUGGGCAAGUAGUGUGAACUAGUCAUGUAGGUGCUCUCCAGAGCACGUCUCCAGGGAGUAAUUCAACCGAUCUUAAAACGUCCUCUAAGGCAGGGGAUAUGAAUCAUUCUCUGGAGACCUAUUAGUCAGUGUUAACCAGAUGCCUUGACAAUUAGUUUUGACUAUGUGUCUCCCUUUUAAGUAGCUGAAAUCGAGACAAGCACUACCUGGAUUGUCAGGGAGUUGGUAAUACACCGAGCGGGCAACUCAGUGACGUGUUAUGUGGGAACAGAAGACGCCGAGUUCUUCUUUUUGAGGCUGUGAUAUGUUAUAAGAUCAGUAGUUCAAAACCCCUGACUUCUUCACCUCAGAAGUACCACAGCCCUGAAAUCUGAAAGAGGAAAUGGAAGUUGGUGGCUUUUUCUAUGCACUAUAUCACCACAAAUAAAAGUGUUUCUGUAUUUUGCAAGUUGCUGAGAAAGCUGUAGCAGAUGAACACCCAAGAAUUUAGUGGAAAUACACAAAACCAACGGUAUUUUCAAAAAUCGAGUGAAAGCUUUUUGCACUUUGUUUGCUUAUCAUCUUGCAUUUCUUUUGAGUAUUAUAUAUUAUGGCUGCUAGUGGAAACAAGUAGUUCAUGACCCAAAGCAUCUCCUAGUGUCCUUAAGCUUAGCCUCCAUUCUAUGGUCAUGGAGGAUGUGAAGUUCUUCAGUAGGGGUGACAUCAGCAUCAUUGUGUUAGAAGUGUCUCAAUUUUGGGUCCGAAGUAAUUUAUAAUGAAAUGUCACAUGCAAUGCUGCAAAGAUCUAACCUGGUUUUAUUUUUUUUCCUUAUUGCACUGGAAAUGUAUGUCUUCAUAAUUCAGUUUUAUAAUGGAGUUACGUUUUUUGUUUUGCUUAAUAUGUGUCUCUGUGUGGUAUGUGUAUGUUGAUCUCAUUAAAUUAUUGGUGGAUGGUAAUGGGAAUUUUGGGCCUGAGCUUGCCAAUGUACCUCACGUAUCUGGGAAGACACCAAAUAUCUCACUUCUAAUUUCUCUCUCUGAGGAGCACAAAAUAGUGAAGUGACUCCUUUAAGACACUACAGUAUUUCUCUGUACUUCUCUGUGAAGAAGUACAGUGUAAUAUUUCUCUGUACUUUUCUAGUUGAAGAAGAGUAUUUCAGAUUUUUUUUUUCCCAGUAGUGAGUUAAAGGAGCAAGUGAGAAUGUAAUCCUUGCUUCCAGACCUGCAGAGUUCAGCACACAGGGCCAAAUUUUCAGGUGUCUUAGCUAAAACUGAGUAUCUGACUUGAUAGUUGGAUGCUCAUCAGUAAUCAGGGAAUUAUAGUUGUUGCCUGUCUACAGACAUACCAAGGUCUGAAAUGUUAGAAUUUGGGGGGGAAAAAAAAAGUGGCUUCAUAUGUAGAAGUACUUCAUAUCUAAAGAAAGCUCUCAAAUCCUUAAAGCAAACUUUGGGCGCAGCAUGUGAUGGUGCAUUUGUGAUUUUGCUAUGUGGAAACAAUGGAAGCUUCCCAAACCUCAGCCAGUGAAAUGCUUGUGCUACUGUGAAGUCAACAGUUAGGAGACUCUACGCAGCUAGGAGUCUGGUAUGUAUACGUAGUGAGGUACUAUUUAACCUCACAUAUCGAUGAUGAAGACUAUCGUAUAUGCAUAUUUUUAGAGAGUGUGCUAUAUUACUUCCUGUUUUUGUACCAAUCUCCUAAAGUGCAUGCAUGGGGAACUGGAUAUUGAAAUCACUGUUAGGAGAGAAAAAAAAUAUUUGUGUGGGUCGUAUUACUGUCGUGCAAAUACAGUUUAAACACGCCAUCAGCAUGAGGACCAUUGCUUUUGCUGUGCCUCACGUCAUCACAGCAUGGAGUGCCCAUUAACUAACAGUAUUGCUGCUCUAUGUAUGUUUUGACCUAGCUGUGCUGGCAUUGCUGGUAGAACUAAGGUACGAGAGGGAGUCAUAGAGACAAAGAUGCUCUGUUAAGACCAGUGUUUUAGAGGACAAGCUUAUCUUUCUGAAGUAUGCUAUAAUGCUAGGAGAGGCAGUUUCUCCCAGGACAAUGACAGGCUAGACAGUGUUAUCAUCAAUACACCCAGUGGCUGCACUAAGAGAGGGAUAGUAUUAGCUACACAGGGUGUACGUGUGUGGAUGGCUGGUCUCUUGCUGCAAGUUUACUGUAGUUUUACUCUCCUCUAUGAAUGUUAGAAGCACAUGUGUUCAAUAAUAUAUAGGUAUAGGGCUACCAUUAAAAGCUGUACUCAUUUGAGUAGUCCUGAGUCACACAAAGGUUUCAUCAGUAAGGAUUAUUCACGUGUAUAAGAGUAUGCAAGUUCUGAUACACAGGUUUUCUUUUAUACCUGUAAAACAACACAAAUUAAAACGUUGAAACACUCCUGAAGUUGUGUUGGUAUCGGCUCUUAGUCCGCUGCUUUCAGAAAUCCAAGGUAAAUGUUAUAUAGCAUGCUGCCGUCUGUUGCCACACAGUAGAAGAAAUGUUUUUAGGCAGACCUGACAGAAGAAUAAUCUGUGAUUGAUUUGGGAGUUCCUUACCUCCAACCAGUGGUGCUUCUAAGGCUGUUCAGCUGGCUGGGAUCUCAGCAGAAAACUUUCUAGGAUGCAGGCAGUUUGAGAGACUAGUGUUUUACGAAACAAUAUCGGUACGGGUUAUUUAUUGUUUAAGAUGAGAAUAUUUAGUUGAUUUACACUGGAAUCAGAAAUAAAUCAUUACAUUAAAAAGGAUCUGGUAACUUUUUCCUGCAC